GAACGGCAGCAGCAGGAAAUCCAACGGAUUAUCCUCGCUCAAGCAGCUGCAAGUUGUCAGCCGAUGGGAGAAUCGUUCAGUGGCGCCUUGGAGCACGAUGAUAGCAAUGGGUCUCCCGAGCUAGAUGAUGCUGGCGUUCUCGAUGCCUCAUCCUUAAAUGCAUCCGGAGAUUUGAAUGGAGGCAUGGAUCUGGAUGCUGGAGCGGAUUCUAGUGAUGGUGGAAGUGGUUUGGGACCGUCAGAUGAACAAAGCUCUAUCAUCGAGGAAGUGAGCGGCGGUAAACGAAAAGGAGAAGAAGGAGGUAGCAGUGGUUCAUCGAAGAAGCAUCGUUGGAUGACUGUGGAUGAACUGGAGGAGAGCCGAUUUGGUCGAAGCAAAAGUUAUGGAAGAGUGCACUGUAAGGCGACGUACAAAUGCGCGGCCAAACUAAAUCCCUCUUCUUAUUGA